AUGAAACAACAACCUGGAACAUCAAAUCAACGUACCAAUGAAGAUAUAUUACGUGAUAUGAUUCGAGUCAAAACAUUAUCUAUUGGUGUUGGUGUUAAAAUGUCUCGAAAACAUCGACAAAAAUUAAAAUGGUCUUUAACACAAGAAACACCAAAAGAUCAUCCUCCAUCACCUCCAAAAUCAGAAGAACAACAACAAGAACAAACACCUGGUGUUAAAGUUUAUGGUGUAGCAAUGCCACCACCAUCUUUUCAACAAACAAUUACGAAAACAUCACGUUUAGAUGACGAUGAUGAUGAUUAUGAUGAUCAACUUUAUGCUAAUAUUAAUUUACCUCCAUUAGAUUAUGAAGUACAUUUUCAAUUACAAAAACGUGAACAUCAUGGUCUUGGUUAUAAAGGACUUGAAUUAUUAAAUUUAUUUGGUCAUAAUAAUUUAUUUGUUCAACCAUCAAUUGAAAAACAAAUUAGUAAUGUUAAAAUUCGUGGUCAAGCAUUUGGUGUUGGUAUUGAAGAAGAUGAAGAUGAUAGAGAUUUAUUUGCGGAAGAUGAUCUUAAACAAUAUGAUUAUGAAUUAACAACAACUAAUGAUAAUUCUACUGAUAUUAUGCGACAAAAAACACAAGAAAAUAAUUUUGCAUUGAAAUUUGCUCGUUAUGAAUCUAUGUCAAUGGCUGUUGUUUAUUCGCCACCUGUAAUACCAAUAGAUUUUCGUAUUGGACAUCGUUUUCCUAAAUCAGCAAUGCCAUCACCACCUCCUCCAGCAAGUCUUUCUAAUGAAACAUCAGCGAAUGAACCACUGAAACAAACAUCGAUUAAACAUGAUGCUAAUACUCGUGGUCUUCUUCUUGGUGAUCUUUCAUUUCUUUCUCGUCCACCACCAAAUAUAAGUAUUCCACCACCAAAUGAUAUUGAAAAAGAAUGUUCAUCACAUAUAACUCCUACACCAACAAAUGCUGCUCGAACACAAUUUCUUGAUGCUAUUAAAGAUCGAUUUACAUCAUCAUCUGAUCGUGUACAAAUGACUGAACGUCAAUCAUUGAAAGUUGCUCUUGAAAGCGAUUUAAAAAAAGCUGUUUCAAUGAAUCUUUAUGGUAAUUUAACUCGAUCUAUAUCUGAUUGGAAACCAAAUCGAUUAUUAUGUAAACGCAUGAAUGUUUCUAAUCCAUAUCCAGAGUAA